AAGAGGCGUCUUUGCUGCUGGUGCUGCAGGUUGCGGCUCAGACGGGAGAAAGCGGCGUCGCUGCCUGCCUGGCCUUGGCCCCGGAUUAUCAAGACCCCGAAGAACGGGCAUUACUUUCUGGUAGAUGGAAACCUUAAAAAACUGUUCUUGUGCUGGAUCAGGUGGCAAUUUGGGAGACCAUAACUGUGAAGAAGAGCAUUUUCUGUAUUUUGCCUAUGGCAGUAACUUGUUGCUGGAGAGAAUAACAUUAAGAAACCCAUCCGCAUCUUUUCAUGCCAUAGCAAAUUUACAGGAUUACAAGCUUGCUUUUGGCUCUCCUCAAGGAAGACCAAGUCUGACCUGGCAUGGAAGUACAGCUACUAUUCUGCAGAGCCCUGGUGAUGAAGUCUGGGGUAUAGUGUGGCGGAUGAACAGUAAUGAUUUAGGUUCGCUGGAUAAACAGGAAGGAGUUGAAGGAGGUCUUUAUGUCCCAAUAGAAGUUAAUGUUAACACUCAAGGAGGGAAAAUACUAAGAUGUCGAAGUUAUCAGAUGAAUGACUAUGUCUGUGAUCUUCCUUCUCCACACUAUAAAAAAGUCAUCUGUAUGGGGGCAAAGCAGAAUGGUUUGCCAACCGACUAUCAGAAGAAAUUAGAAACUAUAGAGACAAACAACUAUAUGGGAAAUGUGCCAGUGUUUGAUGAAAUUGAAGCUGCUGUCAAUGCUUUUGAGAAGUCAACACAAUAAAAUAACUCU